AUGCCAUUUGCAGCUCCAAGAUCACUUUUGUCUGCUAGCAUUGCCAGCAGAAGAAUAUUCAAAAUCCCUCUCGGCUUUGUUCUUCAGAACACAAAAGCGAUACCUAUCCCACAGGCUCCGAAACGGUUUCCUCCAUUGACACUGCCAUCCGCCGUUCCUUACCGUGGCCUAGCAACACAGUCCACGGGCCCAACCGACAAGAUGAAAGCUCUCGUAUACGCGGGCAAUGGAAAAGUCGCCCUUGAAGAACGACCCAAGCCUACUCUCUCCUCUCCCACCGACGCCAUCGUCAAGCUCAAGUACGGAACAAUAUGCGGUACGGAUCUGCAUAUUAUCAAGGGCGAUGUGCCAACAGCGACCCCCGGACGAAUCCUCGGCCAUGAGGGGGUUGGAAUCAUCGAGGAGGUCGGUUCCAAUGUGACAGGGCUAAGCAAGGGAGAUACGGUGCUCAUAGCAUGCAUUACUGCAUGCGGGUCGUGCUCAUUCUGCCGGAAGGGAAUGAGCUCACAUUGCAGCCACGGUGGAUGGAUCCUUGGAAACACGAUCGAUGGCACGCAGGCGGAGUACGUACGGAUUCCGUGCGCGAUGUCCUCACUGUAUAAGUUGCCCCCCACUGUUGAUUUGGCAGAAGCUGUGAUGCUGUCCGAUGCGUUGCCAACAGGAUUUGAGUGCGGAACGUUGAAUAGUAAGGUCCGGCCAGGAAGUUCAGUGGCAAUAGUUGGUGCUGGACCUGUUGGACUGGCAGCAAUGAAGACCGCACAGUUGUAUUCACCGGCAAAGCUGGUGCUGGUGGACCUGGAUGACUCCCGACUUCAGGUGGGGCAGAAGUUGGGCGCAACGCAUGGGGUCAAUCCAAAGGGUCAAGACGGCAUCAAGCGGCUUCUCGAUCUAACACCGAAUGGUCAGGGCUUUGAUGCCGUUAUGGAGGCUGUUGGCAUUCCAGCGACGUUUCAACUAUGCCAGGAAAUUGUCGGGCCGGGAGGCGUCAUCGCCAACAUCGGCGUGCACGGGACAAAGGUUGACCUGCACUUGGAGAAGCUCUGGUCUCAGAAUAUCAGUAUAACGACAAGGCUAGUCGAUGCCACGACUAUUCCAGAGCUUUUGACUCUAUUCGAAGCCAAAACGCUUAAUGUCUCCGACUUCAUUACACAUCGCUAUAAGUUUGCAGACUGCGUGAAAGCGUAUGAUACUUUCAAGGCGGCUGCUCAGCACCAAGCACUGAAGGUAUCAUUGGAAUUUUAA